AUUCAUUCAUCUCAGUCAGGAGCCCGCUGUCAUUCCCAGCGCGUCAGAGCUGCUGCUUAGUCUGUCCAGGCGACAUCUGUCCAUCCAUUCAUCCGUGUAUCCAUCCAGCUCUGAACAGCCCAUCUCUCCUUCCACCCAGCGGUGCGCUGCGUCCGCGUCUGCGCCUGGGAAGGUCAGACACAUCAUUUUCGAUCAGCGGACCCGAUAACUUUUUUCUUUUCUCUCUUAUUCCAAUCUCCCUCAUCCGCGUUUCAUCGCCGGGACUUUAUUGGUGCCUUCAGCCGUCGCUGGUGAGUCCUGCUGCCGGUGUUUUCCAGUGAGGUGCGUCCCUUUCGGACACAACACUGCAACACUGAGACGCUGCUUCCUCCUGUGUGGAUGAGAGGAUGGAUGGCUGACCUCAGAUUUCACUGAUUUUGUUUGCUGAUCUUCGCUGGCCGCAGCUGCUGUCAUGGCCAAAAGCCCAGAGGUGAAGCUGGCCGUCUUCGGCAGAGCAGGGGUGGGCAAGUCAGCUCUGGUGGUGAGAUUUCUGACCAGACGCUUCAUCUGGGAGUACGACCCAACACUCGAAUCAACAUAUCGUCAUCAAGCCAACAUUGAUGAUGAGAUUGUCACCAUGGAGAUUCUGGACACUGCAGGGCAGGAGGACAUCCAGCAGAAGGAGGGCCACAUGCGUUGGGGUGAUGGAUUUGUUAUAGUGUACGACAUCACAGAUCGAGGAAGCUUUGAGGAGGUUGCGCCGCUCCGAAGUCUCCUAGAGGAGGUGAAGAAACCGAAAAAUGUACCCCUGGUCCUUGUGGGUAACAAGUCUGAUCUGGACCAUGUCCGGCAGGUCGGCACAGAGGAAGGCGAGCGACUGGCAGCUGAAAUGGCUUGUGCCUUCUAUGAAUGUUCAGCAUGUGCCAAUGAGGGUGGUGCAGUGACCGAGGCUUUCCAUGAGCUGUGCCGCGAGGUGAGGCGCCGCAAGGCCGUGCAGGGCAAGGCCAGGCGUCGCAGUUCCACCACACACGUCAAACAGGCCAUCAACAAGAUGCUGACCAAGAUCAGCAGCUAGGGGAGAGCCACUCUAUCGUCUGAUGACACAAGAAAUGUAACAUUUUUUUCUCUCAUGUAAACAUUUCAAGAAAUUAUCGGCUCUGAAAUGGACGAAAUGUGACUGAUUUCAUGUGGAAUGUGUUCUUUAAUUAUUCUCUGAUCAUUUUCCAUCAAAAAGGUCCCAAUUGGAAUACCACUUCCCUUUGGGAAAAGAUUGAUGAUGUUGUCACUUCAGCAUACAAGGCUUAAAGGAUGAUCUCUUGUCCAAACAUUUCAGCUCAUUUGGGUCAAAAUGAGCUUGGAUACUGGUGAGAUAUGAGAUUUUUCAUCGUGAACUGUUUGAAAUGGUGAGGUUUUCACCUGUUUUCUUUUAUCCUCUCAUCUAACUCUCUUUAAAAUCAAUAAAUAAGGCAGAUGACAGUCUGGAAAUGUUGCAUGCAAGCUGUCCUAUUUAGCAUGCAAAGAAUCCAAGCAGAUCUACAUGCUACAUUAUGUAUGAUAUGGUAUAUAGCAAAGGUACUACAGUAGAAAAUACUGUAAUUGUUGAAAUGUAAUUUUUUUUCCUUUAUGUAUGUGAUCUGUAUGAUGAAAUCAACCAGCUGUGCACUUGUAAUUAAAGACAAAUAUAUCCAAACUGUUUCUCUCUUAAUGAUUCCAUGUUUGCUUGACUUCAAUAUGAGUGUCAUCGUUGGGUGCAUGAUGUUGCCUCCAAGCUGACCAUCAAAUGUUACAUUUACAUAGUGACAGUCUCCAGAUGAGGAGAACAGUAUCUAUCCCCCUUAUAGAUCUGACUGCUGAAAGCUUUCUGCACACAUAUACACUGGCUGACUCUCUCUCUCAGACUCACAGACACACCACAGAGAAAGCAUUUCCUUAUCCUGUUGCAGUCACUGACAAUACUGGGUGUAUUCUUCUGCAGCUCACUAUUACAGCAGUCCAGCCUCAUUUAUGUAAAAUGGAUUUCAAAAUAUACAACUUUAGGAUUUUCAUUAUUAUUACCUUGAGGCCAGAAAUUAAAACCUAUACAAUCAAACUUUACCAUACUUUUCUCAUACUUCAAGUAUCCAAGAAAAUGAAACUGUUAUCUGCUUCUGACUGUAUUAAAGAAAGAAAUCUCCCGCUAAGUACGCCCUGUUACUCCAAAUAGAUUGCUGACUAAGGGAGAGGACGUAAAAACAAAAACUACUUUCUUUAGUUUGGGUGAAGCAGAAAGGAGUGGCCCAGCUAUCUAGCAGAUAAUUACUAGAGGCAAAAAUCCCAUAAUAACCAGGGAAGGAGCCGCGGUUCUCCUCCUUACUCUGACCAGUGGGAGAAUGGUAAGGGCAACUCCAGGUUUUCCCAUC